AUAGGUAUUUUAAGUAAGAUCUGUCAGGCGUCAGCACCUUUUGAGCAGAGAAACUCGCCUUACAUCACCUCAAAAUGGAGGGAGAUAAACUCAUUUCUUUACCUAUCGUGAGACUCCACAGACUAACAAAGGAUCAGCUGUCUCUCGCUGCUCAGAAGAACAAUAACAAACCAGGCAGAAAACCAACGAAGAAGAAAAACUUCACCACCAGGGGAAAGAAACAAUCCACAGGAAAAGGAAAUGACUGCUGACAGCAAAAGUGUUUCUAGCCAGGAAUCACCGGCCCCUAAGUGGUGGGGUCGCCCCAAGGGAACCAAAAACAAACCCAAAAUAAGUCUACAACUCUCCAGUGCCAUCUUGAGGCCUGACGAGGUAAAACAAGAGGUUAAACAAGAGAUGGACGAGCUGCCUAUCGGGACAAGAAUUGAACACUGGUUGAACGCUGUGAAGCCAGAGAGCUACGACCCAGAGAUGGGUAACACCAAGGGACCUCCUACAGAGAGCGACCCCAAGACAGAUGCACAUCACCUGGGUAUCAAGGCAGAGGAUGCCCCCCUGUACUUCCAAGAUGGAAGGAGACGCCUGCGGUCGGCUACCAGCCAGCCGUUCAAUCUGACUGCAUUCCGGUCCGACCCAGAAUGGCGGCCUCGCAACCAGAAGGUCCGCCGGUUUCCGUGCCCAGAUUGUGGACGGAAGUUCAUCUCCAAAACCACGCUGGAGUUCCACUCCCGGAUCCACACACAGUACCGGCCGUACUCCUGCAAGGUGUGCCAUAAGACAUUCUCCCGGAAAGCCGGCUUGGACGAGCACCGGCCAAUCCACGAUGCGGAACGUCCUUUCGCCUGCCACCAAUGUGGCAGAACCUUCACAUUCAAAUCUAACCUGACCCGGCACAUGCGGUUCCACAGUGAUGCGCAGCCCUACGUCUGCUCCCAGUGCGGCCAAGGCUUCAAGAUCUCCGCCCACCUGAAGCGCCACAUGACGGCCCACAGUGGGUGUAAACCGUACGUGUGCCCGGAGUGCAGCCAGAGUUACAUGAGUUACAUGAGUCUGAAGUAUCAUCGGCUGAGCCACACCGGCGAGCGCCCGCUGUCCUGCCCAGAGUGUCCCAUGACCUUUGCCCGACCGCACAUCCUUAUGGUCCACCGGCUGAAACACACCGGGGAGACGCCGUUCUCUUGCAGGGACUGCGGGAAGAGGUUCAAACAGAGGUGCAAGCUGAAAGAACACGUUAGAAGAAAACACACCGGGGAGAAACCUUACAAAUGCUCCGAUUGCUACAAGUGCUUUGUCACUUCGGCGUCCCGUAAUGCACACAUGGUUGUCCACACGGGAGAGAAGCCGUACAAAUGCAUGGAGUGUGGUAUUAGCUACAGUCAGAGUGGGUAUCUAACGCAGCACAUGAGGAGACACACAGGGGAGAAACCAUACAAAUGCUCUGAGUGCGACAAGUGCUUUGUCAAUUCUACGUUGCGUAAAGUGCACAUGGUUGUCCACACAGGGGAGAAGCCGUACAAAUGCAUGGAGUGCGGUAAGAGCUACAGUCAGAGUGGGUCCCUGAAGAGGCACAGGUGUAAGAAGAAACCCAGGUGA